AUGUUCAUGUUCAUGCUCGAUCUCCCAGGAUCUGCUUUGCGGCGGGCCUUUACGUCGGGCGCUCUCCUGAGAUGCGUAGGUCGCAAGCCCACCCCUUCAGUCCCCUUUUACGGCAAGUGGGGUUUACUGUGUCUAUAUUCUUCCAUGGCCUCAGACACAGGGCCCACAGUGGGGGAACAGAUAGUGAUUCCAGUUGAAGCCUCCAGCACUGCAGCCAUAUGGAAACUGGAAGAAGAAAUGCCUACCCAUGUCUUUGAAACUCCUGCCGUCCUAUGGUUUGAUAGGGCUGUACAAUGGAGAGGCAAAAAUUAA